AUAUAGUGAAUGCAGGGUCCGGGGAGAGCAGAUAUAGUGAAUGCAGGGUCCGGGGAGAGCAGAUAUAGUGAAUGCAGGGUCCGGGGAGAGCAGAUAUAGUGAAUGCAGGGUCCGGGGAGAGCAGAUAUAGUGAAUGCAGGGGUCCGGGGAGAGCAGAUACAGUGAAUGCAGGGUCCUGGGAGACCAGAUAUAGUGAAUGCAGGGUCCUGGGAGACCAGAUAUAGUGAAUGCAGGGUCCGGGGAGACCAGAUAUAGUGAAUGCAGGGUCCGGGGGAGCAGAUAUAGUGAAUGCAGGGUCCGGGGGAGCAGAUAUAGUGAAUGCAGGGUCCGGG